GGAAUUGUUCCUGCGCAUCCCGCUGGGCCCGUCACUUGCACCAUGUGAGGUCGGUCCGGCAUCGCAUCUGACACGGCGAUAGCGUGUAGCAAUGAUGGGUGGCUCGGGGGAUCUGGAGGAUCUGUCGGGCCACACCACAGCACCUGGCACCAUGAUUAGCAAGGUGAGUGGGAGCUGUAGGGGAGCUGACGGGUCGGAAGAUAACUGGCAAGUGACGACGAGUUUGCUGCCGUACUGUGUGUGUUUUCGUUUGAUGCAGUUGUGUACCGACGCUAGUUUGUUGCGCGAGGGGCUCCAGAGGCUGCAGAGGGAUGCACAGCAGAGCUGCGAGACGUACCAGCGAGAUGGCGGUGGGUUGGCCAAGGCGUUGCUUUCGUCUGUGGUGUCACAAGUAUUUGCUGCUGAGGCCUCCAUGGCUGGUGCAAUGGACUCCCUCACCACAAUGGCGGCCAUGGCCCUCCCACAGCCAGCGGACGACACUGGCGCGUCCUCUGCUGCUGCUGCUGCUGCUGCUGUGGCCAUCGCAGUGUCCCAGGAAGAGCCCAAUGCUGAGGUAUGAAGGACUAAGAGGGAUUGGUGCAGGGUGGCAUAUGUGCAUUUCUGUCCUGUUGCUGUGUUGCUGGCUGGUGCAGAGUAGUGCUAUGGUAGAUGAGGCGGCCGCCCCGACGCCAUCGUUUCGCCUGGUCCACAAGUCGGGGAACCCGCCGCCGAACACUGGACCGGUGAGAGCAAGACAACAAAGACCGCCCAUACGUGAUCCUGGCGACCUCUGUGUGUCAAUGUGUGUCUUGUACAGCCGUCCUUUCGCCUUUCCCGCGAUGAGCUGGCGUGUGUGUUCGGCUUCUACCAGCCAUCGGAGCUGACCCAGGUCGCCCCCACACUCCGCAAAACCCUCUUCGGCUGGGCGGCGCAGCAAUACACCCACCUGACCAUCGACGGCUCGGACAAGGGCGGCGUGCGCCAGCAGUGGGAGCGAAUGCCGCUGGAGGUGGCACACCGAUGGGGCCGCCGGGCCACCAACCUCACCCACCUGCACGUCAUAUACCCACGGGGAACCAGCCGCUGGUGUCGUGGGACCUGGGUGGCGCUGAUCGAGGGCAAUGCCGAGGCCAGGAAGGCCACGAAGGAGAAGAGGGAGGAGGAGCAGGGCGAGAGCGGGGCAGCAGCAGCAGCAUCGGCAGCAGCCAGAGGGCAGGACCAUGCAUCCGCGGCGUCAUCCAUCAAGGUGCUCAGCUUCGAGGAGGAUAGCGACGGAGAGCCGAAUUGUGAGGCCAACGACGUCUCGUCCGACCCCCUGCCCCCGUCCCCCUCGCCCGUCGACCUGUCAGCCCUCGAGGAGGUGCACAACCUGCCAUACGGCUGCGCGGAAGUCCGCACGAGCGAUCGUGUGUGGCAGACGCCGUCGGUCCGGGUCAUGACAUUCGAGUGGGACGAUACUCCUGAUCCUGAACGCGCGAUCGGGGAGUGGAUGGCCUCAUGCGAGCAUCUGGAGAUAUUUGACGACGACGGCACCUUCGAGACCAAGGCGGAGCUGCUGUGCAUGCCGCCCCCCGGCACCUCCCUCGCCCGCCUCCGAUCCAUUGGCCCCAUCUUUCUGCAGUACGGAGAGGCAGACGAUUACCAAGAUCGAGUGGCCGGCCUGCGGCAGGCCCUUGUGGCGCGGGGAUGCCGGAAGUCCCUCCGCGAGCUGUCCAUCGAGGCCAGCGAGAUCACCGCCGAGAACAAGGGGCUGCUGCGAGAGGUGGCCCUGCUGUCGGAGGCUGUGCUGCACCCAGAGGCCCUCAGCGAGGCCCCAGUCGUCAAGUUGACACAUGGUCGUGAGAUGGAGGUGGAGCUCAUUGAAUGGAUGGCCAAUGAAAGCCCUCAGGUAGCAAUCACACCAUGGGCGGCUGCACGUCAACACCUCUACCCACAGUUGUUCCCCGUGUGCUCUGUCUGUGUGCCUGCAGGUGCAGAAGCUCGUUCGUGAGUUGGCCUCUGUCGCUGAGGUAGUCUCCUACAACAACGAGCUCACCGACCCCAAUGCCGCCGCACACGCGACGGUCUUCCCCUGCGCCACCACAUUCCGCUGCACGGCGGGAGAGCUGUCGGCUGAGGAGAUCGACGGCCUCGCCAAGACGGUCGCCAGCAGCAUGCCCCAGUGCCGCACCAUCCACCUUGGAGACGCAGACGAGGACGCGCUGAAGCAUGCUGUGGCGUUUCUGAGAUCACUCAGGAGGCACAUGGCUACAGAGGAUGGCCAAGGGGGCGGCGAGGGGGAGGGGGAGAAGCACCUGUCAGUGACAAUUGCAGUGUCGGUGACUGGCAUCUUACAUCGUAGCCUGCCGCUGCAGCUGUGGCCGAACCGCGACCUGCCGGCCAUCGACGACGUCUUCAUCAGAGUGAUGGGUAAGAUGCUUACCACUAACGUCAGUCACGUUUGACGUCUUGUCUUGGUGUGGCUAUACAGGCAGCCUGCCACCUGGCGCGACAGAGGAGGCCCUUUACGGCUCGCUCAUGGCGUCGCUCACUGGCGUCAUGUCGCGACCCGGCGUGAGCAAGGCCUCUGCAUGGCUCUGCCACUCUGUGCUUAAGGGCGUGCGGCGGCUGUUCAACACGCACCUGGCGGCGUUUAACCUGCUGGGCGCACCAUACACCAUCACCAUGCGGUACGACACCAUCACCAUCGCCAGGCGCACAUAGACGACACACAGUUGCUGGUGAGGAGGGGAAGGGAUUUGACAGGGCAUACACCUGUGCUUCAGGUGUUCUGUCCUUGUGUGUGUCUUGGUAGGUAGCCGUAGAUCUAGAUUCGAAUAUCGGCAGCCUGCCUGCUGUUGGAUGGAGCAAAUAUUGGUGGCUGCGGGCGUGGCGGAGGGACACAGCCGAUCGGACUGGCUGUCGAUUGCUGGGUAGACACUAGUGGAUGGAUGGACACAUGUACGUGCAGCGGCUGUCGAACAUUGAGUAUGCCCGACUGCUGCAUAGGUGUGUGUGUGUGCGAAUUAAAUCGAUGCAUAAUGUG